CCAAUCAAAGAGAGUGAGAGGAUCUCCGACAAACAAAAGACCAACAGAUAGAGAGAGAGAGAGAGGGGGGGCAGACAUGGGGUACGGUGGGAAACAGAGAGGCGAAGACGAAGAAGAAACAAUGGCUACGGAUUUCUUCUGGUCAUACACAGACGAGCCGCAUGCUUCCCGCAGACGGCAGAUCCUCUCUCAAUACCCUCAAAUCAAACACCUCUUCGGCCCUGACCCCUUUGCUUUCCUUAAGAUUGCUGCAGUUGUAUUGCUUCAGCUAUGGACUGCAACCUUCCUAUACAAUGCAUCUUGGAUGAAGAUACUUAUAGUGGCUUAUUUUUUUGGUUCUUUUCUCAAUCACAAUCUCUUCUUGGCCAUUCAUGAGCUUAGCCACAACUUAGCCUUCUCGACUCCAGUCUACAACCGAUGGCUGGGGAUUUUUGCUAACCUUCCUAUUGGUGUACCCAUGUCUGUCACUUUUCAAAAAUAUCAUCUUGAGCACCAUCGCUACCAAGGGGUGGAUGGAGUCGAUAUGGACGUUCCAAGCCUCACGGAAGCCAAGCUGGUAACAAAUGUUGUCUCAAAAUCAAUAUGGGUCAUUUUCCAACUAUUUUUUUAUGCUCUUCGACCACUCUUUCUCAAACCAAAACCUCCUGGCAUAUGGGAAUUUGUUAAUUUGAUUAUCCAACUGGCCCUUGAUGUUGCUCUGGUUCAUUUCUGGGGCUGGAAGGCUUUGGGUUAUUUGAUUUUGUCUACCUUUGUUGGAGGUGGAAUGCACCCAAUGGCUGGCCACUUUAUCUCAGAACACUAUGUUUUUAAUCCAGAUCAAGAAACCUACUCUUACUAUGGUCCUCUGAACCUUAUGACAUGGAGCGUAGGCUACCACAAUGAGCACCAUGAUUUCCCAAGAAUACCAGGGAGCAAGCUUCACAAGGUGAGGGAGAUUGCACCAGAGUUCUAUGAGAAUUUGGAUUCUUAUAGAUCUUGGAGCCAGGUCAUCUACAUGUACAUUAUGGAUAGGGCAGUAGGCCCAUUUAGCCGGAUGAAGAGAAAUCUAUCAACCAAGUCCCUGAAGAAAUCUGAAUAGGUGCUCCAAGUGUGAAAUUUAAAGUCCUCAUACCCUCAUUUUACAGAUUAGAUGCGAGACUUGGUCAUUCUUUCUGGCUCUGAUUGUUUGUAUCAUUUUGAAGGAUCAACGUAUAUGAGAGAGUGUUCUAUUGGCAGUUUAGCUGUGUACGAAAAUCUCGAUGCUAUUAAGAUUUCAUUGAACAAAUAGAAUUCAGUUGGAUUGUACCUUUAAAUUUUUCCUUAAUGUAAAAGAUAUUAUUUCUCUA